CCAAGCGGACACAAUGAGCCAAGUGGUGGGCAUCAUCAGAUAUUACUGAUGCAUGAAUGUGAAAACGCGGUAUGUAAAAGAAGCAGUCACAGCCUGCGCCAGACGUGGACGACCAGCGAUCUCUGACCACGGAGUACUUCAAUUCGCCCGGUUUACACUUUCAAAGCGUGCUGUGUCCUGCCGUAGAACCAUCAAAGGCUCAUAAGAAUGGCUAAUGAGAUGAUGUGACAUCAUGCACGCGUUGAUGAUUGAGUUCAUUGCGCGCGUCGUGGUACCUUGCAAUUAUUUCAAGGGUGCUCGUCCCCUCUAAUGUGCCCACCUGCAUUCGCUCUUGAUGUUCUAGGUGUACAACAGACCGUCAUGUCCGUGUCAAAAGUUUCUCCCAACGUCACAUUGACGCGCUGCGCAACGCGACUUCGUGACGUCAGCAAACAACACAGUCCUCGUUGCAUAUCGACUGCAACGCAACUUUUAUCCUUCCCAGAACAUAGGAAUUCUCUCAGAUCUUCUGUACUGGCCCAGAAACACGCAAAUCAAAUCUCGACCCAAUCGAAUCGCACCUACUUCACGAUGUCGAACAACGCAGAGCUCCAGCAGUCCAACAUCUUCAAUGUCAAGGACAAGAUCGCCCUCGUUACUGGCGGAGGAUCAGGUAUUGGUCUGAUGAUCACACAGACUCUUGCUGUCAACGGCGCCAAGGUCUAUAUCGUCGGUCGGACAGAGGAGAAGCUCGAGAAGGUUGUCGAGGUCCAUGGCCAGGAUAUCUCCGGGCAAAUUAUCCCCAUCGUCGGAGAUGUUCAAACAAAGGAUGGUGUCCAGAAGAUCCUGAAAGAAGUCGAGUCUAGGGAGAAGUACUUGGAUAUUCUGGUCAACAAUGCUGGCAUUGCGUACGGCAAGACAAAUUCCAAGGUCGAGAGUGCUGAAGAAUUUGCGAAGAACAUGUUUGGCGAUACCAGCGAGAAAGCGUGGCUCGAUACCUACCAGACCAACGUCGUUGGCCCAUUCCUGAUGGGAACCGCCUUCCUUCCUCUUCUCGCAAAGGGCACCGAACAAACACACGGAUGGUCUUCCACCAUUGUAAACAUCUCUUCGAUCUCGGGCCACAUCCGCAUUUCGCAAGACCACUUCUCUUACAAUGCAAGCAAGGGUGCCACCAUUCAUGUCAAUAAGAUGCUCGCAACCGAAAUCGCAAAGAACGGCAUCAAGGUUCGCGUCAACAGCAUCGCACCGGGUGUCUUCCCUAGCGAGAUGACCACACAGGAGAGCAGUGAUAAGACUCAGAAGUCUGAAAUGCCGAAGGAGAAGAAAGAGGGCCUUCCCGCCCAGCGUCCGGGUAAGGACACCGACAUGGCGCAGUCGAUCAUGUUCGUUGCUACUUGCCAGUACCUGAAUGGUCAGACGAUCACUGUGGAUGGUGGCUACUCUUUCCAGGCCGGAAACUAGGAGCGCUCAGCAUUUCAGCUCACGGACGAGCGACACAUACUUAGCAUAGCGGGCAUCGGGAUCUGACCCGAGCGGGUACGAAGCAAUGAAGUCAUGAAUAAGCCGCGUCUAUCCACUUCAGUACAUGCCUUGCAAGCGGCACGAUAAGCUAACGCCCCAAAGCUUCU